AUGAACAGUGUGACAUGCCGUUUCUGUCUGGAACGGCUCCGAUUCCCGAUCCUAUUUCCGGUUGAGGCACCGAAUUUGCGCUAUCGUCGUAUUGUGCACGAAAUCAAAAAUCUGUGCACCGAUCCACCUUAUGGAAUUCGUGUACUAGCUUUGGACACGGAAACCUAUUCACAUUGUCUGGCCGGAAUCGAGGGUCCGCCCCAAUCCCCGUAUCAGGGUGGUCUGUUUUAUGUGCACGUUUUAGUCCCGGACAGUUAUCCGAUUCGUCCACCUGUGAUCCGAUUCCUCACUCGUAUUCUGCAUCCCAAUAUCAGUUUCCAUGGUGAUGUGGGUAUGGAUUGCAUUCAGCACAACUGGAGUCUGGCUCUCACCCUGGAGAAAUUGCUUAUCAGUGUCCAAUCUUUGCUUACGGAUCCAUACACCAAAGUUUGUAUGGAACCGGUCAUUGGGGCACUGUACACACACGAUAUCGGACGAUUUGAGGUGCUGGCCAAAUUAUGGACAUGGAAGUUUGCUUGUCACGAUUAUCUGUCUGUGGACUUUGUAGCGUCCAUGGUUUUACCUAACUACGUGGAACAGAUGCGUCAGCGUCUGAGCGAAUGUUGA